UGCUGGUUGCGUCGUGUGUUGAAAAGUUGACAACCGCGUUUAAAACAUUCUCGAUCGUUCCACUUUGAUAUUGAGCGAAAUGUGGCAUUCGUUGUAAAAAAAAAUUUAACUUUUGGACACGGAGUCUCGAAAAAUUCCCCAAAACAUUUAUCUCGUGUACAAUCAAGUACGAUAUCUUAAUUGCAUCAAUAAAGAGACAUCAACAAAUAACAUAAUCUCGAUGUGCAUAGCGAUCAACGUAUUUAACUCUCUCGAUACGACAAUUUUUUCACGCUCGAAUUCGGUACAAUAAGCGGAAAGUUUGCGGACGCACACGACGAUGUCAAUCAAAGAUAAGACUACGACGAAAAAAAUUGUGUAGAAUAACAAAUUCUAUCCUGUUGUGUAAUUAAAAAUGUAUCGGAUAAAGCUCUUAUUAUCAGCGCGAAAUCUAAUCGUUAUACAGGUAAUAUACUUGGAUCUUUAUCGACGUGUAAAGAACAUCGCGCGCAAUUAUAUUGUGUAAAAAAUCCCCGCGUGUAUUACUUGUACAACAUAAGAUUGGCCCAGUAAACAGAGCAUCGCGCACUGCGGCAUUUUUCGAUGAUUCACAGUUCAAACCUUUGAUACAUAUUCCUCGUUCGUCUUCCGCUGCUGAUUUACAUGAGUCACAUACAUUCGCGCGCGCGAAAAUUAAUUAACGCGAAUCAACUGUAACUUUCCCAGCACUAUUAUGGUCGGAUGAAAGAGUCGCGAAUUACGAAACGAACAUUUGACCCCUGUUGAGCUGUGAAAGUUUGAGAAAACCCGUCUCGGUCAGUAAAUCGAAGGCAAUAGCAAAGCCAAUAAAACGACACGCGCAAUGGGCUCGUGCUGCUCGGAAGAACAAACCCCGUACUACCCUCCUGCGUCCCCGGAGCCUCAACUAAAGCCGAACAUGUACGAUUCAGCCUACAAGUGGGUGCACAGAAGCGCAGGCCAGCCCGUGCCACCGACCGCCGUAAGCGGCGGCCGUGACGUCGACGGUGCCCAGAUCUACGUCGGCAGGGCUUUCCACGAGGGUGACAUGAUCCCCGCCAAGGUCAUCCCCGAGAAGGACGUCGCCUACGUCGCUCACGGUGGCCAGGAACACGCCAAGCACAGCUUCGAGGUGCUCGUCCAGGGAGAAUUCACCUGGGAAUUCUGCAGCAACGGCUCCGUGCCCGCUGACGCCGUUGUCGCCGGACAGACCGCCGACGGUGAGCCUCUCUACGUUGGACGCGUUCUCCACAACGGUUCCCAGACCGUUGGCAAGGUCCAGCAGAGCCACGGCUGCCUCUACAUUCCCUUCGACGGUGAAGAGCUGUCCUUCAAGGACUACGAGGUCCUCGUUCUCCACUGAUUGAUUCAUCGAUUCAUCGCAGCAUUACAACCCCGUGUCAUUUUCGCCACAAGAUUAGGCAGCUAUUAUCUAUGUGUAUACGUCUUCAUUUAAUAUGAAGACGCAUCCUUGACCUACAACGAGAAGAUGAAUAUAUCUUCUUCGCUUAAGGUCACACUAAAAUAAUAUAUCAGUCUUUUUUUAAUAUAAAUAAUGUUAUUGUUUGUAUUUAAA